GUACAUGUCAUACUUCCUUAAUUUGACCUAUAUAGCUAACGAAAAAUGGCGACGUCAAAAUCUAUUAAUCUUGGAGAAGCGCAAAUUCUAUGUGUAUGUCAUCUGUGUGAAGAUGAAAAACAAAUUAUAUGGAAAUGCCUAGAAUGUUCCCUGUUGAUGUGUGAUAAAUGUAAAAGGAAAGUACACGUGAAAUUCAACACAGCUGACGAACAUAAUGUCAUCAAGGUAACAAAUAUCGGGAAGGAUUGUUCCUUUCAGCCAAAUCUUUUUGUUUUAUGCGAUGAACACCCUGAACAAAAGAUUUGCAUAUUUUGUAAGAAGUGUAAUCAGUUAGUCUGCCCUGUCUGUCUUUCCGAAAAACAUAAAGAUCAUUUUUUCGAGAGUUUGAAAGUCGCAUAUGAGGAAAAAUUUCAAAGUUUAAAAUACUUUCAGGAUAAACUAAAAGAGGAUUUGGCUUUUCAUUCAAUAUGUGAAAAAGAACUUAGUGACAGGACAAAAUCGAAUAGAUGUUUUUACGAGAAUGUGAAGAAAACAAUUUUAGAACAAGAGGAAAGGUUUAAGAAGGCAAUUGAGAAUGAAACCCAAUCCAGACUUAAAAUUCUUGGAGACCGAUUCAAAGAAAUAAAUAUAAAGACAAUAAAAGCACAAAACACAAACGUCAACGCACAAAAAGAAGUAGGUUCAAUCUUGGAAUCAGUUAAUUUAGCUAUAGAUACAGGUAGUUUAAAAAGUGUAAUUGAAACAGAACAAUCCGUUAAGUCUUGGACAGAGCCCGAAAAGACUUAUCGAGUUAUUGAUAUCAAUCCAAUUGAACUAAAAUGUGGUUCAAUUGACCAAACUCAAAUUUCGGAAAUGUUUGGGUCUUUAAAAGAAGUUUCGGAUACAGUACAGAUUGAAGUCCUUUAUUCUUACAGAAGUAAAGCCAUUUUCAAUAACAUACAGCCCUGCCAAGAUGGGUCAGUUUGGGUGAGUGAUAAAUACUCAUGCUUGAGAAAUAUGGAAUUGGGAAACGAAAUUCAACAACGACAAGAAGUAAAGGAUAUAAGUGUUGAAGAAAUGCUCGAAAGUGAAAAAGGCGAAGUAAUUUUAUCUCUUUCUGGACAAUCAAAACUUGUAACAUUGGCAGACGACGGUAAAUUAAAGGAUUUUAUAGAUUUUUCGCCAUUUAUUUCUCGACCACUCCAUAUAACAAAAUCUGGUAAGAUAGUAGUGGGAAUUUGUGAAGAAAUUUCGUACAAAUUGUCAGAAAAUAGUGUAAGGCAAAUCAUCAUCAUUGAGGCGAGUGGGAAAAAAAUGCAUACAUUUGAAUUCGAUGCUGACCAUAAACGAAUAUUAACAUAUGCUCUAAAAGCAACAACAAAUAUUAACAAUGAUUUGUAUGUGAUUGACAAGACAUCUAAAGACAAACACGGUCGUCUUCUGUCGCUUGCUUAUCCAAAUAAACUUAUGUGGACGUAUACGGGAAAUACAACUAUAAACUCAAAACUUCAGUUCAAACCGAAUUGUCUUGCUGUAACUGCAACCGGAAAUAUUGUUUUGUUAGACUCCGAUACUAAAGUUCUACAUAUUUUAGAUAUAAGAGGUGCUUUAAAAACCUUUGUUUCAUUAUUAAAUGUUCACGUGAUUAGCCCUGAGUUUAUGUGUAUUGACGGACAAGAGAGAUUGUGGAUCAGUUGUGGGGGAUUGUCUUCAGAUUCUUAUAUGACGUAUUUUACUAAUAUAUUUCAAGGAAUGCUUGUUGUCAUGUCUUUUACUGGGUUUUGAAAUUAAAGAUGAAAUUAA